AUGAGGCGGAAGGAGAAGAGGCUGCUGCAGUUCGCGGGGCUGCUCAUUGCGGCUCUCCUCUUCCUCCCCAACGUCGGCCUGUGGUCCUUGUACCGGGACCGGGUGUUCGACAGACCGGCGGCCAACGCGGCGGACGGACCCGGCGGCGGCCAGCAGACGCAGGGGCUGAACCAGAUGAGGAAGGUCGCCCAAAUUGGGCAAGACGGCGUGCGACGGACCGACUGGCACGACUACGAUGCCAUGCGAAGGGACGCCGCUCGAGUUGGAAACGGCGAACAGGGAAAACCUUUUCCCGUAUCCGAGGCCGACCGGGUGGACCUGGCCUACAGGGAGAACGGCUUCAACAUCUACGUCAGCGACCGCAUCUCGCUCAACCGCUCCCUUCCGGACAUCCGCCACCCAAACUGCAAGCGGAAGCUGUACGCCGAGAAGCUGCCCAACACCAGCAUCAUCAUCCCGUUCCACAACGAGGGCUGGUCGUCGCUGCUGAGGACCGUCCACAGCGUCCUCAACCGCUCGCCUCCGCAGCUCAUCGCCGAGGUCAUCCUGGUGGACGACUUCAGCGACAAAGAGCACUUGAAGGCAGCGUUGGAGGAGUACAUGGAGCGCCUGCCCAAAGUGCGCAUCCUGAGGACCAAGAAGAGGGAGGGUCUGAUCCGGACCCGGCUGCUGGGCGCCAGCGCCGCCAAGGCCCAGGUCAUCACCUUCCUGGACUCGCACUGCGAGGCCAACGUCAACUGGCUGCCGCCGCUACUCGACCGAAUCGCCCAGAACCGGAGGACGGUGGUGUGCCCGAUGAUCGACGUGAUCGACCACGACAAUUUUGGCUACGACGCGCAGGCCGGCGACGCCAUGCGCGGGGCCUUCGACUGGGAGAUGUACUACAAGCGCAUCCCCAUCCCCGCCCGCCUGCAGAAGGACGACCCCAGCGAGCCCUUCGAGUCCCCGGUGAUGGCGGGCGGGCUGUUCGCCGUGGACAGGAAGUGGUUCUGGGAUCUGGGAGGCUACGACGCGGGGCUGGAGAUCUGGGGAGGAGAGCAGUACGAGAUCUCUUUCAAGUUGUGGAUGUGCGGCGGGCGCAUGGAGGACAUCCCGUGCUCCAGGGUGGGGCACAUCUACAGGAAGUACGUCCCUUACAAGGUCCCCGGCGGGAUCAGCUUAGCCAAGAACCUGAAGCGCGUGGCCGAGGUGUGGAUGGACGAGUACGCCGAGUACGUGUACCGGCGGCGGCCCGAGUACCGCCACUUGUCGGCGGGCGACAUGACGGCGCAGAAGGAGCUGCGGAGCCGCCUGGCGUGCAACAACUUCAAGUGGUUCAUGAGCGAGGUGGCCUGGGAUCUGCCCGAGCACUACCCGCCCGUGGAGCCCCCCGCCGCCGCCUGGGGCGAGAUCCGCAACGUGGGCAGCGACAUGUGCAUGGAGGUCAAACACUUUGUGUCGGGCAGCCCCGUGCGCUUGGAGAACUGCGCCAAAAGCCGCGGCGACGUGGCCUGGAGUCACGGGCAGGUGCUAACGCUGGGUUGGCGCGAGGACAUUCGCGUGGGCGACCCGGUGCACACCAGGAAGGUUUGCCUUGACGCCGUCUCCCACAGAAGCCUCGUCACCCUCUACGACUGCCACGGCAUGAAGGGGAACCAGCUGUGGCGCUACCGAAAGGAUAAGAGCUUGUACCACCCGGUGAGCAACAGCUGCGUGGACGGCAGCCCCGGCGAGCGCCGCGUCUUCAUGAACUCGUGCGACCCGUCUUUGCUCAGUCAGCAGUGGCUCUUCGAGAGGACCAACGCCACCGUGCUGGAGCGCUUCAACCGGGGCACCGAUUGACGCCGCCCUCGCAAGAUGAAGAAAACGUUGGCCGAAUAACGAGCCGUUUGUCCGACAGUCGUGGAAAAGGCGUGACGAGGGUGCUCCCCGGUCCAGCAGACGACGAUUUGACCGUGAGCGCUUGAGACCAGGAAGAAGGUGGUCCCGGAGCGGGGCGGUCGGUCCCCGAAGACCCUCCGAAGACGUUUGCUCUCUUCUCAAGCGCCCGCCCAAAUGUUUGGAGAACUCUCUCUGAAAAAAACUCUCCGGGAUUAUAACGGAAGCUCUUCUUCAGUCGCCGCCUUUGAACUCUCUGGGGUCGGGUUUCUCCGAGAAAGACGCGUCGAAGGGACGGUUGGUCUUGCAUCCAAUAAAGAAAUUGCCGUCUGCUUUCAUGUCAAAAGAAGUCAACGCAUGCACAAGGACGAGGCAAAAAGCUCUCAGAGUGAGACUGAAUCAAGUCGGGCGCCGGCGCCAGAGGUGCAAAAGAAAGACUUGGCCCUCCCCUCGCAUGCUGAUCGCCACUCGUAAAGAGCGGGCAAAUCGAAAAAUGAGCAGAAAAUGGAGCAUUUUACGGCGGGCGUGAAAGGGGCUACUGGCUCUGAUACUACCUUCAAAGCUGUCAAAUUCCAACUGCCUCGCAUUUAUACACACACGGAAGAAAUUAAAGCGACUCUGGAUGUCA